ACUCCUUCUUGCAGUGUAGUUCCCUUUACAACGAGUCAACAGUAGGGUACAUAACUUUAUCUUAUGCAACAUAGAUAUAUAGAAUAGGUUUUGAGAUGGGAUACAGUUUAACAUCUUUACUCUGUCUGUAAACUUUUUGUAACAUGGACUUCGGAGAACGUUUUAAACCCAAUUCAAUGCGGAAACUUCUGCAACAGCAAGUGGAAGAACAGAGCCAAGUGUGUGAUGUAACCGUCAAAUAUGGGAGAUGGAUCAAGCGCUACCACAUGCACAUUUUGGUGGAAAGCCCUUUCUUCGAGCAUGCGUUUGAACCCAAAUUUCAGGAACACACUAGCGGGGCGGUUGAAUUACACGUCGGGUCUCCAACAACAAUUGACAUGGCGAUAAUGUACCUAUAUGGAGUUCAACCAAUACUCUCAAUGAACCACAUCGCAGAUUUCAUGGAAUUGGCCGAGUUUUUAUUGCUCCCAAACAUGAAAAGGCUUUGUAUAAACUGGCUUCAAGAGGAGGAAUUGUCGGAGUCAAAUGUUGUUGAAAUUUUACACUUGUGCUCCCUAUACGAGUUUAAGAUUGAACAUAUAUAUGACUUUGUCGCGGCAAGGCUGUUAACGUUCUUAAAAGGAGAUCACAUGCUGACACUUAUUCCGGAAUCAAUAGCGGUUUUGUUUUCCGAUGAACGUCUUUCAUAUGUACCAUUAGACUUAAGGAUACAGUUUGUAACGCGGUGGAUAGAUCGAAGGAAAGUUUCAAGAAAGGAUGAAGUCAACAAAUUGACGACCCUAAUUGACCUACCGCAAAUGAAAAUUGAGCAAGAACGACACACUAGCCAAAAGAGACAUUGUUUGAUAACAUAUUCUCAACCUCAUGCGGAAAAAGCUAACCGCAUGACACUAUCCCAGUUUUUGCGUCCAUCUUCUGUUCUUUCAAAACUCCAUGCAUAUUGUUUCAAUACUCAGCAAUGGGUCAACUUGCGUUUACAUACUUCGUUGAGAAUAAGUCGCCACACAAGUAUUCAUGUAGAUGGAUGUCAAGUUGUGUAUUAUAAUGACCAAAAGAAAUGUGUCUAUGGCCAAGACCUAGAACAAAAGAAAUCCUGGUGCAGCGCUGUAAAAUACGACGACCCUACACGAGAAUUAAUUUGGCAAAAAUCAAUUUUAGAACGUAACACGUGUUAUUUCAUUCUAACGAUCGACAAAGAUAUUCACAACGUGACAACAUCUCUUCAGAUUGGGCAAUUGACGUACAACAGUGAUGCAAUCCAUUUAUCCACAGUUUUUGUUUGCAAGGGGAGAUUUUUAGACGGGUGUGUGAAUUCGUCAAAUAUGAUAGCAAUUUUGACCGUGGACGCAAAUGUUAAACUGAUGUUUUAUAUCUACGAAACGAAUUCAUCCAAAACCUAUGAUGUGUCAAAUCUUACAGAUUUUUCAUUGGCGAACCGUAAAUAUAAUAUACAGGUAUUUGGUAUAGACAAUGGAUUUUCUGUUAUGAAAGGCAACUCCAUAAACAUCAUCUGGUACCAGCAAGGUGCGAAUAUUGAUGUCCCAUUUGCUAAGAUUAAUGUUGACGGUACAAUGGGGUUCAGAUAUGCAUUUAUUGGCCAUACGGUUUAUCGCUGGUCAAUUAAAGGCAAGAAACUUGAAUCAACCAAAAUUUUAUGUUUACUUGAACAGUAUCCUGGACCAACGGAUUGGGAUUCUAUCAGUUUUCCAAAUUUACCGUUUUAUAAGGAUGAAUCCUUAUUUCAAAACCUUGCCUAUAUGACCAUUCCCAUUACUUCACCUGUCUGCCAUUUCGAAUGCCCACACUGCCAACUGCUUGACAGAGGAUAUACAGGACAACAGCGGUCAUUUAGGCACACAUUUACAGGCAAUUACCGCGAGUCCGACCCUGAUUCAGACGAUGAUUGCUUCAAACCAUGUGAAUACUACUGGUGAACACAAUGUUAAAAUGUUGAACUUACUCGGAUAGUAGUCUUUGUCAGUUGUCUCAUAUAAGUUAUAAUUUUGGCGAAGUCACGUGUUCAUACUCAUAUUAAGAACGUGCACGUUUAUAACGUGGCGCAUAGUUUUCAAACUGUUUGGCGCAAAUGACUACAACUAUUUAAACAGUGUAAAUUAGUUCAUGCAAGGCGUUGAAUACGCGGAGAAUUCCAGUAAAUGACACCGAUGAUAUUUGUUGAUUUCACUGUAAGAUCUAAUUUUAUUUCAUGUUGUGCGGUGAAUGAGUAGAGAAUAAUAUAGGGAAUGAUAUCCUGGUCAUGUCCCUCAAGCUUGCGUGAAAUGAUAAGGAUUGAUAAUUUCACGCUGACUUGGUGCACGGGCGUCAGACCCGUAGCCGCAGAAGUUGUGUGAGGUAUUCGUUCUUCGAGCGUAAGUUUUCUGCAGCGGCUGAAACAAUGUUACCAACUGCUAUACUUUAUAACGUCGCGCUGCUUUAACUCUUUGUGAUGUAUAACUAGAGGCGUAAUUGACACAGAUGUAUGUAUAUGGAAGUUUAUGAGGUCUUCCGCGCGUGUGUCCCAGCAAUUCUCCCUAUUAAGCUUAAAAGAAUCACGAAAGUUGGGACACAUUUUGUAAUUGACCAGUCGCCAAAUACGCGAUCGCUCCGCCCACUAAGUUGUGUUUUCAUAAAACGCUUAUUCCUUUACUCCGACAGUCUUUGUUUGUCGGACCAUGUGGCCGCAAUAAACGAAAUCUGAUUGAUUAUUAUGUGAGUUUGAUUGACAGCUGGCGAGUGGUCAAUUAUAGCCUCAAUUUUAAGCUAGUUACUUGUUACUGAAAUAUUUUCGAUUUUCAAUUUUGGAAUUGUCUUGUAUUAUGGAGGCAGCCGGAGUGCCCGGAGGAAACCAAACUUGUUCGGUAUGGUGACCACCAACAAACCUCACAUACUUCAAGCAACGGGGAUCGAACCCGGGCCACCUAGAUUAAAACUUCGCUAACCAGACAGCCCAAGUAGUUACUCUUAAGAUGAGCUUACGAAUUGAGCGGUUGUCAAGAAUACUAUUUGACUGAUAUCUUCACUUGAAAAACUAGUUAGAAGAUAAGAUUUUCGACUUAACGACACUAAUUCAAUGGUGAAUUUUAACAGGUGCAAAAACGUCUAUGUAUGCUUAAUACGCAGUACAACAGUCAAUGGCCAUAUUUGAGAAGUAGAGGUACCUACGGCUUCUUUUGUGAUCUAUUGUAUCUCACUUGAUACAAGCGUGCUUGUCUAGCAGUCCGUGUAUGUGUGCGUCAGUAUGUCAACUUUUUCUUCAAACGGCAACACCUUAACCACAGAAUUUGACUGCUGGAAUGCCCAUCGAGUGUCCCUCUUUGAAAUUUGUUCAAACCUUACUGGUCCGUGUGUUAGGUCACGGGUUUUAAAGAUGAAAUUAUCAAUUAUAUUCCCCGCAAGACAAAGAGGUUUUUAUAACUGGUAUGUUUAAUCAAAAGUAGUGUGGUCCUCUAUAAAGGUUUGUUAAUAAUUAUGCCCCAUUUGGUCGAAAUUGGUCUCAUUGCAGGGUCACCAAUUUUAGAUUAACUUGCAUUGUGAAUACCUGUAAAAAAUCUUUUUGUCUGAGACUGAAAAACCUAUGGCAUUCAUACUUGAUAUAUGGUGUCAUCCAGAUGUCCUCUACAAAAUGUGUUGAAAUUAUGUCCCGUUGUCUUAAUUUGCCUCGUCCCGGGCGUCACCAGUUUUACAUGGACAUAUAUAGGGAAAACUGGUAAAAAUCUUAUUGUCUGACAAAAGAACGCGGCUUUCAAAUUCAGAACGUAGCAUACCCUUAAGGUUUUCUACAGUUUGUUCAAAUAAAGCCCCUUCGGUUAUUUUUCCCCCGGUUGUCAACCGUUUUAAAAUGACUUGUAAAGGAAAAAUGUCUUGUUAGAAACCACAAAACACAUGGGUUUCCUUUUAUAAUGUAGCACAACAUAGGGAAAAUCAUUCAUGUCAUACUCCUAGGGUGAACAUUGAUCAAGCAUCAAAAUGUGUGCAUAUAGCGAGUCGUCUAGAAAGUUGUUUUCACAUUAUUCAUGUGGGGUUAAAUUUUCCCACGCCUAUGAAUAGCACGAGUAAUAUACACGUAGACCUACAGCAGAAUAUCUUUUAAAAAUCCUCUCUAACAUGAAAUUGCUAAGGGGUGUAAUAUUAUUAGGUUACAUCGUAUAUUUGUCCUCAACUAAGCUUGUUCAAGCAAUGCCAGUGUAUGAAAAUAGGCCCAAACCAAAGGUCACGAGUAUUACACCUCUGAGCUUUAGUUUCUCGGUUGAGUCGUAUAUAUUAGGUGAUUUGGAAAAGUGUAAUGUUUUUCCAUUAGUCAUGUAUGUUAAUACCGUUGUUUUUGUCAUAAUAUGCAAAAUGUAAAAUGUAUAUGAAAUAAAAACUUCAUGCCAAAUUUUA